AAAAUACAAUUAUUUCCAUAUUUAUACAUUUUUUAGAUGCCUUUCACGAGAAAAUGUAUUUUCACCACUCCCACUAUGAAUCUCUAUUAAUAGCCUGUCAGUUUUGAAUUUGUGCGCUUAUCGCAACAUUCUUAUUGUAAAGAAUAUAGUGUACGGUCGAGCGGAAUGUGCAUAAAAGUUAUAUGUCUAACAGUACGUGACAUCCCGGUGCCUAAAUGAUAACAUUUGACUACUAAUUGUCAAGGCCAAGAUAAAUAUUAUUUUUUUAUGGUUAUCGAGUUUUGCAUAAACCGUGGAAGGAUGGGCUGCGCAAUAUCUGGACUGGGUCUGGCACCAAAGCAGAUAGAUGCUACAGAAGAGGAAGCUCUUCCACACUUAAGUGAUCAUCACAUCGAACAGAUCAAAGACUCCUGGAAAGUGAUACAAGAAGAUAUCGCCAAAGUUGGGAUAAUAAUGUUUGUCAGGUUGUUUGAAACCCAUCCAGAAUGCAAAGAUGUUUUCUUCCUGUUCAGAGAUGUGGAAGAUCUUGAGAGGCUACGCGCAAGCAAGGAGCUGAGAGCUCAUGGACUCAAAGUGAUGUCCUUCAUUGAGAAGACUGUGGCUAGAUUAGACCAGCUAGACCGCUUGGACCAGUUGGCACUGGAGUUGGGAAAGAGCCACUAUCGAUACAAUGCUCCUCCGAAGUACUAUGGGUAUGUGGGGACAGAGUUUAUCUGUGCUGUCCAGCCAAUCCUGAAAGAGAAGUGGACCUCCGAGGUCGAGGAAGCUUGGCAGACUCUGUUCCUGUAUGUGACCAGAAUAAUGAAGCGGGGAUACCAAGAGGAGGAGAAGAGUAAGAGGAACAAUGUUGUCAUUGCAAGCAAGGAAAGGCCAGAGAAAAAAGGCACAGCCAUUUAAUCACCUCUGUACUUCAAAUGAGACCUGUUUUUGCAAGGCCUAUUUCAUUAUCUACAGACUGGCCACAUAUCACAUACUGUAUAACAUACCAUAGCUAUGUGUAUAUAUCCUUAAUUUAUCAUUUAGAUGUUCUAACCUCUUUAUUAGGAAAAAGUAUAACUUUUUGAAUGUGCUUGCUCCUUUUGUCCUCUCAACUUCCCAAUAAGUCGCCACCUAACAGCACUUUAAUGACCAGAAGUAAAUGGACAAAGAUUCAAGCUACAGUCCACACACUAUCCCUACCACCAGGAGUUGUAAUGAAAUGCCAUUAUGUAGUGGGUUAUGACAUCUUUCAUGAUAGAAACCUCAGCUCAAAAGUCAUCAAAAUUGUUUAACAGGUUAAGAAUGGUUAAAGUUAUUAAAUAUAGUUGAAAUUGAAAGAUAUUUUUCCUAGAUUACCUACUGACAGAGAGCCAAAUUACAACCCCAAAUGGCAUGCUGUGCAAAAUCUGGAACUAAAAUGUAUGGAAAAUGACUGGAUGAAAGCAGGCAUCAGACAAGUCUUUAAACAUCACAAAGAUACAUGAUGACAAAAUUAAUCAGAAACUACUUGAUCAAAUCAAGUUAACCUAGACUACCAUACCCUGCUAAAACUUGGGAUAUCCGUUUUAAGUUGUACUUGUUUCCUAAGUAAGUUAACUUUGUAGAAAGUUAUUUUUUUACUAGUCUGUGUAUUAGAAUCAAUUUCAUGAAAAAUAUCAUUAGUACAUCACACAAUAGUCGGUGUCUCCACACUGAUGAAGCCAGAUGAAUGAUGUCAAAGCUGUUACUGAUAUCUAUGUCCUUUUAUAAUGUAGUGUUCCUUCAGUGCUGUUAAUACAUGUACAUCAGGUACAGUAAAUGCCAUGACUUGAGAAUGUUCUCAAAGACCUCAAAAUAAAUUAUGAAAGGCUAAAAAAAAGGGAUCUCUAGAGCAAAAUGUAUGUAAAAUGUAAGCUAUAAAUGUAUUGUUUUUUGUCAGUGUAAAAAUAGAAAGGUGAAUUCUGCUAGCCUUAUCUCCUUCAGACAAGGAUAAUUUGUUAUGCCAAGGACAGUGGAGUGCUUCACAAGCACUAGUAAAGUAUGUGCCCAGAACACUGACCUGUCAACUAGAACCUCAUUGGUUAACCAGAUACCUUCAGACAGGGUUCUACAAAAAUUCUUCAGUUCACUAGACAUUUAAAACACAUGGAAUAUGAACUGGUCGGAGUUGGAAGCACUUUCUUUGGAAAGAAAGUUUUUUUUUCCCCCAAACAGCUGCUAGAGGCGUAAUGUUUGAAAUAACAGGGUGGUAUGUACACAGAUGCAUUAAAUAAAGUUAAAUUUUGGACCC